AUGCCGUCUUUGCUCACACUCCCACUCGAGUUGCUGGUGGUCGUUUCUACACACCUUUCGACCAAAGACCUAGGUUUCUUGCGACUAACUUGCAAGCAAGUCGAACAGUCGCUAUACUCAUGGUUUGCCGGGGAAUUCUUCACGAAGAAGCAAUUCAUGCUCACUCAUAAGAGCCUACAAACCUUGAUCGAUAUAUCUAAGCAUGGACGCCUUUCGAAACAAGUCACACAUGUGAUUCUUGCCACAAAUAUGUACCAAGCUGUGCCGCAUGUGCCCUACACAUUCAGAGAUGCCGAUGCAGCCACUAGCUGGGCACAAGGCGUUUAUGAUCAACAGUCACUGAUGAGCACCGGCUAUGAUCGGGACAUGCUGACAGAGGCAUUUGAGAAAUUGGAGAAUCUUCAAGUGGUUGGAAUUCGCGACUUCAAUUCCAAUAAUCGACAUCGAGAUGGCACAAGUUGGAGCUCUUGGGGAGCUCCGACAAUCUUGCGGGAGACUGGAAUCGAAUUGCCAUUUGCCAGCAGCCAAGUCUCAAAUGUGGCAACAAGCUUCUUAGCUCACAUCUUUCAGACGUUAAUUUAUGCACUUGCUCGCGCAGGUCGAAGCCCUCGAGAGAUUGAAGUCUUGCUGCGAAAAGAGCCGUUGCCCGACAGUGCUUUCCAUUUCCCAGCGUUUCUGACGCCAUCCGUCACACCUGUACUGCAGAAUCUUGAAACACUUCUGAUCAGUACAGACCGAAUUCCAACACACAACCCAGGCCACAGCAGUAUCAAUCGUCCUUUUUUGUGCCAAUUUCUCAGACAGACGUACAACAUCCGGCAUCUACGUAUAAAUUUCAACAAGUACCAACCAGGGUAUACUAAGGUUUUCUUGGAAUGGCUUGGUCAACCCGCUGUCGGUGCAGGAGCGGCUCCAAUACGGAUUCUUGAUCCUCCGUCUAUCGCGCUCACGCAUCUGAAAAAGCUUGAGCUUGGUCAAAUGGCCAUCUGGCCAAGUUAUAUGCUCAAGGUCAUCGAAAAAUUCGCGUCUACCUUGAAAGACUUCUGUUUGUGGAAGACUAAUAUAGCUCGUCCCGCCGCACAUUCCAACGUAACAGUCGAUUUCUUAAAUUCUUUAGCAGAUAUGCGCCAAUUGUGUCUCACACACUUCAAGCUGGGAUUCCUUCAACAGGAUGGGCUCUUUAUUGGUUUCAAAAAUCGAGGCCUCGAGGACGCUCCGUAUGACAAAAUCAGAGAAUAUACCGGGGACAACAUGAGCCACUUUAUUCGAGGGCUUAUCAACGACAUAGUCAUUCAACAACCAGGAAGAUCUUACGUUGACGACAGCGAUGACAGCGAUGACAGCGAUGACGGUUCCAAUGACGAGGACAAUGAAGAUUCAGAUAUGCCAGAUGAAGACGGAGAUAGUGAGAACGAUGAAUUCGAUGAGGAUAGCGAGGAUGAAUAA